AUUUGUUGGUUCAAAUACAACAACAACAGCAACAACAACAGCAACAACAGCAACAACAAUUACAACAAUUACAAGAACAACAACAAUCACUACAACUACAACUACAACCACAACAACAACAACAACAACAAUUACAACAACAAUUACAACAACAACAACAGCAAAUACAACAACAACAAGAAUGUCAAGAAAGACAACAACUACAACAACAAUUACAACAACAACAACAACAACAAAAUCAACAAUUACAACAACAAUUAGAACAACAACACCACCAAUACAAAUUCGCAACGCAAAACAAAAUUCGUCAUGCAAGACACAAUCCAUUAUCUUACAUAAAAAAAAACAUGCAUUUGGAAAUCUUGAUUGCAAAAAAAUG